AUGUCCGGCGACUGGGUUCCAGGUAUUGCAGGGAACUUUCCCCUCCACCAAGCUGUUGUUGAAGCGAUGCCCAAGGGAGCCAUAGUACUGUCUGCUGAGACAUAUGGUACGUCUUCUUGGUCGCAAACCGCAAAGGUCUUGGCCACCCUGCCGGACGGAAGCCCGAAAACAUACUUCCUCAAGUGCUCGUCAGGGCCAUCAGCGCGAACUAUGACAGAGGGAGAAUACCACUCGGCUCUCGCCAUUCGCGAGGUGGUCUCUGAUUUUGUCCCUAAACCCGCUGCAUGGGGAGAAUACCAUGAUGGUCAAACGUCAGUAUACUUCUACCUCGCGGACUUCCAUGAUAUGGAUCUGCGAGCACCACCAGAUCCAAAGAGGUUUACUGCCAAGGUCGCCGAGCUGCAUUCAAAGAGCAAAUCUCCCACUGGCAUGUUUGGCUUUUACACACCCACGGUACUGGGGAUAUUCGAACGGACGGUGAAAUGGGAGACAAGCUGGGCCCAAUGCUUCACGAACCAACUACAAGAUGUUAUCAGAUACGACAACGAGACAAACGGAUACUGGCCAGAAUUUGACGCUGCAUGCAAGCAGCUCAUCGAAGCCGUGAUCCCGAGACUCCUGGGAGCCCUGCAAUCCGAGGGGCGCUCCAUUGAACCAGUUCUGAUCCACGGUAGCUUAUGGGAGCAAAACAUGGGGGUCGACAUGGAAACAGGCGACACGGUAGUAUUCGACGCGGGGUGCACCUACGCCCACAACGAGAUGGAGUUUGGGACCUGGCGCGGCUCCUGGGCGUAUCAUUUCAAGAAGCCCGUGUACAUGCGCUUCUACCACAACCACAUCAAGCCGUCGGCGCCGAAACAUGAGUGGGAUGAUCGGAACAGGCUAUACAGCUUGCAUCCGAAUCUGAAUGAUUCAGCUGGCCACCCGGGGAGUAUAUCAAGGUCAAUUGCUUAUAAUGACAUGUUGUUCCUAUGUGAGAAGUAUGCGCCCCUAGAGAGUCUUGAGAAAUACAACCCCGAGAACGAUAUUAGGGCUACGGGGGCGUAUUCACAGGACACGACCCACACCUCGAGGAACCACAUCAGAGCGCUGGGGCUUAAAUAG